CAGGGGUGGAGGCAGAGACCAGUCUGGGUCAGAUACGAUCAGAACUCUCUGCAUAGUGAGAUGCCUCCAGAGGUAAAUGAGACCAAUGUUGUUGUUUUCAUCUUUGCCUUUUUGCAGAAAGAGUUCCACAGAAGUCUAUUUUCAGUAGAAGAGGAGGAGUUGGUGUUACAUUUCCCUAAAGCUGCACUAGAACUAGUUAAGUUAGGUGUUAGUGGUGAACACUGGCACAGACAGUCCACAGAGCAGCAUCAGGAUGGAAGGGAUCUUCAUUGGUGUCUUGUGUCUCUCAGGGUGCCUCACCUUCUCCACAUGCCUCCUCCAUCAGUACCACUUUGUGUCUGAUGCAAUGAAUUGGACUGAAGCUCAGAGCUACUGCAGAGAGAAGUACACAGACCUGGCCACUAUUGAAAACACUGAAGAAAUGAAGAAACUUAAAGACACAGUUUCUGCUGCUGGUAACAGCUCUGAGGUUUGGAUUGGACUGUACAGUCAUAUUGACUGGAAGUGGUCAGAUGGGUUCAACCAGAGUGGAGCUGAAUAUAGGAACUGGGAUCCUACUGACCCCACAAAUCACAAACCCAACAAUGAGCUCUGUGUGAUCCAGUUAAAUUCUGGCUCAUGGUAUGAUGCUCAGUGCCAUGACCAGCAUCAAUUUGUCUGCUACAACGGAACAUUAGAGGAUUCUGACUUUGUGCUGGUGAAUACAACAAAGACUUGGUCUGAGGCUCAGAGGCACUGCAGAGAACACUACACAGAUCUGGCCACUGUGACGAACGACGCUGACAACAACAAGACACAGAACUUGAUACCCCAUUGCAAAAGGGCAUGGAUCGGUUUGUACAGAGAUCCUCAGAUUUACUGGUCCGAUGGCAGUAACUACUCUUUCAGCUCAUGGUAUCAAGGUAACAACCCACUUGGCUCGAUGAAAGUUGUAUGUGGUGUUGCAGAUUUGAAGGAGGGAGGAAACUGGAGGUUAUGUUCCUGUGAAGAAAGAAAACCAUUUGUCUGCUACAGCAUGCGUGGAUGGUGCUUCCUUGAGUGAAAGAGAGAGAACACAUCCUGACAUUAGAAAAACAGUUAUUGUCUCAAUAGUGACUCUUAUAACAUGAAUGCAUUAAUUAAUAAUUAGAUGAUGUGUGUUCUGUCUAUUGUUUCUUUACAGUGAGAGAAACUAGAAAUGUCUUGUGAUGUACAUGUGUGUUAUCACUUCAUGAAUCUGCUCUGUGAUGGUUCUUCAAGACAAACUGACACUUUGGAACAUUUUGACUCUGUCUGGUUUCAGACUCCUUCACUAAUUCUCCUGGUGAAUGAGAUUUCAGCUCUUAGCUCUCAGCAGUUUUUUUUUCAGAUUUAAAAGCAAAAUUACUAAAAUAACUAAACAAUUAACUGGUUUUGAAUUUACUGAAACCACUGUGUUAUAGAGAAUUGAUUGGUAAGAUUAAGUAGAUAGACAAAAAUGUGUAAAUUAAGAAAAUGAAUCAAAUAAAAAUAUGUAAAUGCA